GAAACCGAAGCAAGAAAGAUUGGUUGGCUUAAGCUGAAGUGUUGAGUAUUCACGAGGGUUGGCUUUUAACGCCACCCAAUAUAUAUAAACAUAUAUUGGUGUUAAUUAUAAGCCUCACUAUUUCAUUCUCACUUUCUCUCACACUUAAUUCCACUCAAUUAUAGUGUGUGUUCUUUUCUUCAAUUUCUUCUUCACUCUCAAAUCAAUUUAUUUAUUGUUUAGGGAUGAUGAAAUUGGAGGAAUUUCACGAUCAGAAUAUGAUCGUGAAAGGGAAGCGCACGAAGCGGCCACGGCCGUCUUCCUCCACCUCCUCCAACGGCGGCGCCGCCGAGUUAUACAAUUCAUUGGCCUCAUCUCCCGCCACCUCAAGCGGGAUAUCGACGAGCACGGAAGAGGACGAGGACAUGGCCAACUGCUUGAUCCUCCUCGCGCGUGGAAAUUCCCCUCCGCAACCCGAAGAAAUCAAGACUAAAUUCAGCAGCCGGAAAUUCGCCGAGAUGGCCACCACCGCCGCCGGAAAAGUAGGCAUCUACGUCUACGAGUGCAAGACUUGCAACAGAACCUUCCCGUCGUUCCAAGCGCUGGGCGGCCACCGGGCCAGCCACAAGAAGCCCAAAACCGCCGCCGAAGCUGAUCAGAAGAAGUCUCCACCGUCGCCGGAAAAUCAAGAAUUGGAAGGUGGAAAGGAGUUGAGGAAAUUAACUACUGUUUCUCCACCACCAGCCACACAAAAUGAUCCCAACAAGUCCAAAAUGCACGAGUGCUCGAUUUGCGGCUCCGAAUUCGGAUCCGGGCAGGCCCUCGGUGGCCACAUGCGGCGGCAUAGGUCGGCCGCGCCGCCUAGUGCUAUCGGAAGGAUUCCCGGUGACCAAACGACGUCGCAUGAAGAGAAGGCGAGGAAUAUGUUGGUAUUGGAUCUCAACCUACCGGCGCCGCCGGAGGAUGAGAAACUACAGCCGCCGCCGCCUGAUGUAGUGUUCUCCGCCGCCGCGCUGGUGGAUUGCCACUACUAAAUAGGAGGGAAAUUGGGGUUGACAUUUGAUCAUGUGAAUAAUUAUUUUUCUUGCCCACAAUAUUUUUUUUACUAUAUUAUAAAUUUAUGAGUCCCAUUAUUCAUUAUUGUUUCGGUUAUUAAUUCAUUGAAUACACAUUUUGGUUGAUUUUCAUAA